AUGUUUCAAAAAUCAUCUCCUAUUUUUUCAACGAGUUUUAAAAAUUUGUUAUCAUCUCAUCAUCCACAUGUCUUUUCUUGCCGUAGCAUUGGUCUGAAGAAGAAUCAUGAAAUGUCAAGAGAGAUUAAAUGGUUCUUCUCUUGGAUGGGUUCUACUCAAAACAUGUCGUUCCAUACAUCGGAAAGGAAUCCGAAGAGCAAGAGCACAACAAGAAAUGAAGGGAGCGUUCAUAAAAAGGUUAGAGCAACUUCCGAGCCAAUGACUACUAAUAGCACCACAUCUGCAACAACAACAACAGCACACCAAUCCACCACUCCCGCAUUGCAAACUUCGCAAAUAGACAGUACCUUAAAGAGCAUGAUCGACCAGUUCAUGUCCUCACAGCCAAGUACAUCAGAGCCUUUUGAUCCGAGAUAUGAAAUUGAAAUUGUGAGAGCACAAAUCAAAGAAGGCUUUACUUCCCGAAGAGGUUUUGACACGAUUCUAAAGUAUUAUCACAAAAUGAUCGAUUUAUUGAUGGAUAUCAAAGACUUGGAACAAGCAACAACGGAAAUAGAAUAUUGUAUUCAAAUUUCAGUGGAUGUUCUCGGUGAAAAUCAUAUCAAUGUGUUUCGAAUGAGAGAAAAAUUAGCAUUAGUUUAUUUCUAUUCACAAAAAUAUGGAGAAGCUUUAAAAGAAUUGCACAGCAUGUACUUUGCCGCUUUUAAUCUUGCCGAAGCAAAUGAAGAACACUUUGAUCUGGUGAGGGAAAGUGUCAAUGCUUUAAAUUAUGUGACUUUCUUCACUGAUUACUUUUAUGGAGUUUUUUCACAGGAAGAACUUAAUACAAUACUCAAAAUCUAUACAUCCAACACAGAACUCUCGUCCAAGGUCACUCUCAUAAGUUUAGCCAAACAAUUCCCUGAGUGGAGGCGAUAUGAAAUGGCUGACAAAUUUCUCAUUGAUAAACUCAAACGAGAAGAAAAUAAGCUGUCCAGUUUGUCACUUAUGAGUUACAAAGCAGAUGCCAAAUCAGAAAUUAGAAGACAACAAGACCUGAUCUUUGAAAUUUUGAAAAAACAAGGAUUUUUAUACGAGUCUGAAAAACGUGUACAGUUAGCAUUUCAUCAAUAUGAACGAACUCUCACAAAGGCCAUGACCUUUUACGGAAAGAACUCACUUCAAGUGGGUGAGGUGUUGGUGUCACUCGCUGCCAUUGGUACACUCGCAGAAAAAUUCGAAACCAGUAUAUCGUAUGCAAAACGUGCUUGCGUCUUGCUGAAUGCCAUUCCUGACAGUAUCAACAAGAAGAAUCCUGAAUAUGAAGCAAAACUUGGAAAAGCUCUUAUUACCAUAGGUGAAAUUUAUUCGAAUGGAGCAAAGGACCUUCCUGCCUCUGAAAUACGACCUUAUUUGGAGGCUGAGAAAUUCAUCUCGUCAGGAAUGAACAUUAUUGACAAACAUUAUGGACGAGAUAAUCCCACAUGGAUUUUAGCUGCUUACAGUCUUGCUUCUAAUUAUGAUUUAUUGUGCUCUUGUAUUCAUGAGUUGGCACUGGAAAAAACCAUAACUCAAAUGGGUGAAGCUGGCAUUCGACAAGAUUCGGCAAAUUUUCAAGUCAUUCUUUCUGAGGAGGAUCAAAAAAAAGUGAACGAUUGGAGAGAAAAAUCUGACAAUUUAUUCGAGUUGAUUCGUGAAGUCAUUAGCAUGAGUCCUGCCAAAUACUUGCUUAAAAUUCCGCUUACCAAAGGUUCACUUUUUUUGGACGAGUUCAUGGCCAAUGAUUCGAGAGCAUUUAGACAAACGACCAUUGCCAAUGAGUAUCCGCAACCUGAAAUUAUUCACGAGCUAUAUUCAUCGAGUCGACAAUAUCACUUGGUUGGAUCUCUAGAGAAGGGAAUUGAACAUUUGAGAAAUGCCAUUCAAUUAUUUGACCAACAAUAUGGUCCCGAAGAUUAUUUGUUUGAGAGAGAAUUUGCAAGCACUGAACUUGCAAAGCUUUAUAACAUUACAGGGAAUAUUGAUGAAGCAUUGUCAUUGCUGGAAAAAAGUAUGGCCAGAAUUGAAAAGGUGUUUGGAAAAGAGAGCAAACUUUAUUUGGAAGUGAGUGAUGCAUUUCAACAAAUUGCUUCUCUGAAAGGACUUUCUGAGGAUCAACGACAAAAACAUUUCCAAAACAUUCUUGAAAAGUACAAUAAGGAUUAUGAAGAAUUGGCCAAGCAAGCUGAGAAGGAGAUUGUGCAAGAGCAGGGAAAAGCCAAGCAAGAAAAGGUACCACAAGGUCACUCUACAGACACUACUACUGAGAACAGGUCGGAAAUGGACCUUAUCAAAGCUUCCUCCGCCAAUCCAGAAACAAGUCCUUCUUCAAAGAAAGAAUCAUCAUCAUCUCUGAAAAAGAAACCUUCCAAAAAGAAAAAAUAA